GUAAACGUGAACGAAUCAAGGUCCGCGCGACGUUACACGCAACGAACAAAAAUAAAUCCAUUUCUCAUUUUUUUUUUUUUUUUAAUUUAAUUUUUAUAAUUUUUUUUUGUAUUUUUAAACUUUCGUCGAAUGUAUAAACAACUUCCCGCUGUUUUUCUUCCUUUCUGUGUGUCUCUCAAUCUACUAUAAAAAAUUAAAAACGAAGCAAAAAAAUAAUAAAAAAUGAAGUAAAGAAAAACAAAAACGAAAGAACAAAUAAGGAAAAUGCAUAAACCAUAAAGAAAUAUAGCAAAAAAAAACAACAACAACAACAACAAAAUUCACUUCUCGGCUUAACCCACGACAAAAGUGCAAUUUCUUUCUUCUUCCAAAAAGAAACGACGAGGAAGUUUCUUCAGAUCGAAGAUCCAUGCAUUCGGAUAAGAUCGAUGAUGAUGAUGCUGCACCAACCCACGACCAAAAGACACAAAAAGAUUAUGUUACAACAUACGUCAAAUGGAGGAGGAGGACGUAGAGUGACAUCAGUACCGGCAACGGCUUACCUGGCAGCUGUGGUGGUGAUAUUCUUAACGACAACAUGUUCCUCAUGCGAAGGGUCUCCUUGCCAAUCGUUCCAAUGGUGGGAUCCAUUUCAGGAUAAAUGCAUUCCAUGCACAGAAUGUUCGGGUCAGAAAAUUGUUUUAAGACCCUGUCAAUUGCACAGAGACACGAUAUGUGGCUCAAUUUAUGAUUUAGAAAUUGAUUGGAUGCUUCUGGCGAAAACUGAGCCAAAUUGGAAGGAGCGUCGAAAGGAAAAAAUUCUACUUGUUGAAAACGAGAAUAGCCAUAAUAGCCAAGAAGAUAAUCUCGAAAUCGACUGGCAAUUGAUGUCCCUCAUCCUAGUGGUUGUGGCUUGUUUGUUGUUCUUCGUCGCAGCCGCCUGUAUACUUAUACAACACUUGCGACAAUGGCGACAAAUGGAACGCCGAUUAGACAAGGAUGUCGAGGAGUUGUCAGCGAAAUUAAUGGCGAGGUUAGCCGAAGUGCAGAGUCUUGAAGGCGGUACAUUUUAUAUUGAAGAUGCAAGUUCGAUAAAAAUUCAGAAUGUGCGACCGCAACAAAUGCUUUUGAUUGGUGAGAAACAUACAAUCAAGCCCACCCAGCCAGGCAAUGUAUACAUUGAAGAAGCAAGUUCAAAAGGAUGAACCUUGCUAUGAUUUAUUAUGUUUACCCCACUAAACUACUCCAAGGACAUCAAGUAUAAUAAUUUGAUAUUAUGUCAAUCUUUGGAUCCACACUAGAGCCAUUUAUAAAAUCUUGAAUUGAUUUCAAUGGAAUGCAAAUAAAAAAAUUAUAUCAAAACUCACAUAAAUACCAGAUAUUAUUAUAAUUUUAAUUUAAAAAAAAAUAAAAAUGAUCCUUUGAAAUUAUAAAAAAAAUAAAACCCUCUGAGUGCAAUGAAACAUUGCUAAUUAUAUAAGUAAACGAUGUACAAAAUUAUUAUUAUAUAUUUUGUUGACUUGUUGUAAAUCUAUUUUUAUUAAUAAUUAAUAUUUAAUAAUUAAUUAAUUAAUUUGCUCAAAUUUUGUAAAAACAAAAAUAAAAAAAUAUUAACAAAUAAUUGAAGCAAUUUCAACAUCGCGUCGUUGUCGCUCCUAUUUUAAUGCUACAUAAAUAAUGAGAGAGCGUUUCCUUAUUUUUUUUAUUUUAUUUUAUUAUUUUAUUUUAAUGGCUGCUGCUUAUUUAAUUACGAAAUAAACGGUUUUCUUGUAUAUAAUUGUAGUAUUAUAACAUAUUAUAACGUUUAAAAAGCUAUUUUAAUGUUAUAAAAUUAAAAAAAAAAAAAACAAAAGAAAAGAAAUUAUAAACUAUGUAUUAUUAAGGGCAAUUUGCUUCAAUAUACUUAAUGUAAAUAUUUUACCUUAGAAGAAACUUAUAAAGAAAAUUAAAAAAAAACAUGUAAGAAUUGUAAUUGCACUAAAAUAAUAAUGAGAUUACUAUAUUAAAAAAAAAAAAAAAAACAAUGAAACACAUUCUUACGAAAAUGGCUAUACUUUUCCUUCAUUACUAAAACAUGGCAAAAACGAAAUAAAUAAAUGUUAAUAAAAAUACUUUAAAACAA